GGACUAGCUCCGAGUUAGCGAUGCUCACCGCCAUUGCCAAUUAUGUGCAGUAAUUUUGAACUGGUACAAAUCCAUAUGUGAUAGCAGUGAGUACCAAGCACUCUCGAGAUACAAAUUCCGUGAAUGCUAGCAGGUAGAAAAUAUGUAGGAUAUAGAAUAUCUUUAUAAAGUUAUCUAAAUAGAGGGUUGUAUUCAUUUUGGUUUUUCGGAAUUAAUCAUUAUGAACGUUCGGGAUGGCCUGCUAUGAUUGAAGGUUACAAAUAGGGCUCUAUAACCUCGAUGUGAGUGACGUUUCAGUGGGCAAUCUUCGAUCGUGUAGUGCAUUCCGUCACGCGACUUUCAAAACUCAUAAUAGAUUAUAUUGUUUAUGUAAUAACUAAGCCUUUCUGUUUCCAGUUAUAUUAUACGUUUUGUUUACAACUAAGUCUUUCACAAUGAAGUUGAUUCAUCUUCUGUUGGUUUUAACGCUCGUAGUCGCUUCGCUUGAGAUCUCGGAGUGUCGAUUGAAUAGAAAAUCCUCCGAACGUGCGAGGUCAAAGAGCGAAAGGAGAAAGCUGAGAAAUCAAGGGCGACUUAGGGGAAAGAAGCGCAACCGUGAACAUGAAGUCACAACUUCAUCAUUAGCAACUACUACCGACGAUUCACCUCUGCUUGUUGAAGAUUUACAAAACAUGAAGAGCAAAUAUAUUGAGGAAUUUUUAGAUCGACGUACUUCGUUGCUAGGCGGACAAAGUCUUUUUGACAACUUGCCAAGUCUCAGAAAUAGCAACACAACAAAUCAUUAUACCGAGGCUUUGUUGAGCGCGUUUGUUAUUCCAAUUCCCGUGCAAAAUAAAACCGAGAUCAUGUCUAGCGUAUCGACCGCUUCUGAGCUGCAUUUGAAAGGAAAAUUUGGAUUUCAUUCUCCCCACAGUAACGUAUUUGGCCGAAUAAUUCAUGUAUCUGAUGCUGGUUUCAAUGGUUCUCAUUUUGGAUGCAGUGGCAAAAUUACUAACGAGGAAGAAGUUGCGAACGUCGGAGGUCCGUGGAUUGCCUUAAUUGCUCGGGGUAAAUGCAAGUUUUUUUUCAAGAUCAAGUUGGCGGAAAAAUAUGGCGCGAGCGCUGUUAUUGUUUACGACACGGUACCUCGGAGAAUUGUGGAAGUAAUGCGUACUAUCGGUACAAAAAUCAUGUCCCUGAUGGUGAACGCCGUUGAUGGCGGAGCACUGGUACGGAAAAUUGAACAAGGUAACAAAAUAAAUGUCAACAUAAGUGUCGGCGCAAUAAACAUCGAAGCAUCGGACUUGAUACCGAAGGUUGCAGAAUACAGCUACACAGAGGCUAUUGUCGAUUUUCGUCUCGAUUCAAGUAAUCCUGUCGAAGUUGGUAAAUCUCCAUUUCAAAGAACGACUGCUAGAUAUGGUCGGUAUUCACCACGUAUUGCAUUUUCUGGGCGUCUGGUCCAUGUCAUAGACGUGGGAACUGAAAACUCUCAUUUCGGCUGCACGGGAGCAUUUUCGAAUGAGGAAGAAAUCAAAUCGACGAGUGGUCAAUGGAUCGCAUUGAUUGAAGCUGGAAAGUGCAACACUGUUGUGAAAAUAAAACUUGCCGAAAAGUAUUCGGCUAAAGCCGUUAUUAUUUAUGAUGAAGAUUUCAAAGACGAGCCAACCGUGAUGAACACUAUAGGCACAAAAAUUUCAGCUCUGACUAUAACACGUCAAGAUGGGAAAAUGGCGGCACAACUAUUACGCAAUGGUCAAAUCUCACAUUUGAACGUGACCAUUGGAGCAACCAUAUUAGGAGUAUCUUCGAAAGGCUAUUCUCUCAAUUGUACUAUUUAUAACUCGCUAUUUGUAUAUAUUUUCUCUCUUUUAAUUUGCUGUGUAACACAUUUCCAUUCGCACUGAUGAGCUUUUGCAGCCUUUGACUUUCCACUACUUGAUUAUUCAUUUGAAUACUGUUGACGGAGUCCUGGCGUGAAAUUUGCUCACUUUUCUAUGCAUUUGUUUAGUUGAGAUAGAUUGCAGUUUAAAAGGACUAAAAGUCACUGGCAUAUUUUGUUCAAAUGUACUUUGUAUCUCCCUUUUUCACGAAAAUGUUUGCAAUAUUUGUUCCUGUUGAUUCGCAAUGAAUUGAUUCAUUCUAUGAAAUUGUUUCGGAUCGUCUCAUUCUCUUCCAUCAUUCCUCCGCUUGUGAAUACAUGGCCCUAGUGCAACACGUAGGCUAAUUGAUUUGUCACUCACUUCAUAAUUCUUCACACCGUCCAUAUCUUGAUAGUUUGGAAACGGACAGCAUUUUCAUCUUUUGUUUUAGAAUUGAGUUUUGCAGCAGAUGUUUUAGCCUAACUCUCAUUCAUUUUUGGAUCAACUUUAUCAUCUAUUUUGCUACUAUAUUGUUUAAGUUUCGAAAAACUGUUAUAAUGUUUUAUAUUGUUAUUAUUAUUUAUAUUGUAUGAUAUCCUAGAUUUCCUAUAUUUUUAAACACCAACUAAACGAAUGGUUAAUGAAUUAUUAUCUAUCUGAAUUUCGGUUAUAUAGCAAACAUUUUUGGCUGUUACUUUUGUAUGCAUUUAACCUCAUUCUCGUAGAAUUCAGUUUUUAACCCUAAUUAGAAUCGUUGAGAUAGCAUAUUUGUAUCUAAAUACAGUAUUUUUAUAUUUGCAACCAGGUGUUGAUUUUCAAAUGCACUUGUUAUAUUCACUGAUUUUAAAUUACCAUUGACAAAAUACAUUCCUUUCUCUUUUCACUCAAAAAUGAAUAUUUUGACGAAGCAGCAUAAUUUUUUCUUAGUGUGCUUUGAAAACGGCGCAUUGUAUUUUUACAAUCCACAUUUUACUUUGCCCAGAUACUUCUGAUACAUCAUGCCUAUUCACAAAUUGUGUUGAGUUCAUUAUCAGCACUUAAAUGUAACUUACAUUUAUAAAAAUUUUAAUGCAGAUGUUUUUCACUCACGUUUCUGUACAGCACUCAAAAAUGCACGUUUUAUUUCCUCGUUGUUGCGUAUUUAUUAUAUUUAACGAUGCUGUCUUAAAAUUAAACAGCUAUCUGAAGCAAUUGAUAUCAUUAAAGAUAACAGACUGGAAGUA